ACGCAGGCGCGGAGGACGAGCGACGCGCGGCUGGAAGGCGGGUCUGCUCCGCGGGGUGGGGGAGGGGAUCUGGCGUAGCGGGGCUGCGGUGGUCGCCCCUUAGUGUUGGCGAUCUUCGCGGCGGUCCCUGGGCUCCUGGGGCUCGGGGUAACACGCGGCGGCCGCCUAAGCGCCGGGCCGACGAACCGUGUUGAGGCUGUGCGGCUCCGCGAGGGGGAACCGCUCGCGGGCACGUCCAGACUCGUGAAGCUGCGUCGCGCGGAGCACUCUGGGAUUUGUAGUUCUCGCGAUGGAGCGAGCUGUGCCACACGCAGUACCUCUGGGUCAGAUCGAAGUGUUUCAGGCCCUGCAGCGGCUGCACAUGACCAUUUUCUCCCAGAGUGUCUCACCCUGCGGCAAGUUCCUGGCAGCUGGCAACAAUUACGGGCAGAUAGCCAUCUUCAGUCUGUCUGCCGCUUUGAGCUCCGAGGCCAAAGAGGAAAGUAAGAAGCCCGUGGUGACAUUCCAAGCCCAUGACGGGCCCGUCUACUGCAUGGUCUCCACGGAUCGACAUCUGCUCAGUGCCGGGGAUGGGGAGGUGAAAGCCUGGCUCUGGGCAGAGAUCCUCAAGAAGGGCUGUAAGGAGCUCUGGCGACGUCAGCCCCCGUACAGGACCAGCCUAGAAGUGCCUGAGAUCAAUGCUUUGCUUCUGGUCCCCAAGGAGAAUUCUCUCAUUCUGGCAGGGGGAGACUGUCAGCUGCACACCAUGGACCUUGAGACGGGGAACUUCACACGGGCCCUCCGGGGCCACACAGACUAUAUCCACUGCCUGGCGCUGCGGGAGCGGAGCCCCGAGGUCCUGUCGGGCGGUGAAGAUGGAACCGUGCGACUUUGGGACCUGCGCUCAGCCCAGGAAGUCCAGACCAUCGAGGUUUAUAAGCACGAGGAGUGCUCCAGGCCCCACAAUGGGCGUUGGAUCUGUUUGGCUACUGACUCAGACUGGAUGGUCUGUGGAGGAGGCCCAGCACUCACCCUCUGGCACCUCCGAUCCUCCACACCCACCACCGUUUUCCCCAUGCGGGCGCCACAGAAACACGUCACCUUCUACCAGGACCUGAUUCUGUCCGCGGGCCAGGGCCGCUGUGUCAACCAGUGGCAGCUGAGUGGGGAACUCAAGGCCCAGGUGCCUGGCUCCUCCCCAGGGCUGCUCAGCCUCAGUCUCAACCAGCAGCCAGCAGCACCCGAGUGCAAGGUCCUGACAGCCGCAGGCAACAGCUGCCGGGUGGAUGUCUUCACCAAUCUGGGCUACCGUGCCUUCUCCCUGUCUUUCUGAUCUCUGGCAACACCCCCUCUGUCCCAGGGAUCUGGAGUGCUUUUUCUUUUUUCCUUUUUUUUUUUUACCAAAUAAAAUUUCAGGCUAUUCUUCCAUGCA